AUGGAGGGCCGACCAGGAGGGUUGUCGCGCACAUUGCCCAAGAACUUUACCUUUCCGUCGUGUGCAGACGAGCCCAGGACCCCCAAGCGCGCCUCUAUUCAUCUCGACGUCCCUCCCCCGCCACCUCGCGCGGCCAGUUGUCAUUCGCGCCGAUUUCGCCCUCGCUCAGGGACCGACGUCUCUGCGCAGGUACAUUCUGAUCCCAUUUCAUGGAAUCAGAACCAUUCCGAUAUUCCUCUUCCAUCAAUUGAAUUCCCUCAACAAUCGUCACCACCGUCCAAUGCGGCCGUGGCACCGUCGAACGCCGCUUCGGGAUCCACCAGCAACGAUCGCUUCUUAGCGCCUCCCCGGGGCCGCACGGCCCUGAAAACGCCCCCAACCCAGAUUCGUACGACCCCGACAGAACUCAAUACCACAGGCGCAUGGUCAGUAUUGAAUAAUCAGCAAGCUUCAGGUGAGGAGAUCCGGCGACCCAGUUCAUCUUGCUCGCACGUCUCGGAUUCCUCCAUCUCCUCUGUCGAAACGUUCGCUUCCCGGCCGUCGGAGGGAAGCUGUACCAGCACCGAAAGCGACCUGCAGGACCCGUUCUUCUACUUAGAGCUCCCGAAGAAAUCUGUUGUCUUGCAAUCGCCUCCACCGUUACCCGAACAGAAUGCUACAAAGCAAAGGCGCACUCGUCAGGUAGCCGCCAAAGAGCGCUGGACUGCAGAGAUGGACGGUCACCUCUGGAACACAUAUCAAUUGUACAUCCAGGAUCCUACUAUCACCCCAUUCAAAAUGACGCCCGGCAGUAUCCCACCCUUAGGAGUCACUCACCGCGUGUCGCGCGAAGCGAAGAGGACCUGGGACCGCAAAGCCUUCAAAUUCAACCGAGAUAUUCUGAGCCAGUCGCAACGGUGUGACGAUGGUAACAACACGCCCACUCCCAAAGCCAACAGCAACGCGACAACAAGGCCCGGAUGGCCUAGGUCAGAAGCCUCCACCAGACGGCGACUCAAGCUGCUGUGCAGGCGCAAGUUCUCCAUCGCACCGCACUACCAGCGAUUGAUGAUGUCCAAGAGUCCUGCACCGUUGGAGGACUCGUCUUCCCGAGAAUCAUCCUGCUUCGAAGGACCCGGUCCGAGUUCUACCACUUUUGCGACCCGCGAUUUGGGUGUGUCCCUCGUAUCCAGCUCGGUUCCUGGGCCUUUGUCGCAACUCGCGACCGAAGAUCAGCCUCAGGACGUUCCUGUCGACUUCAACCCAUUCGGUAGCCCCAAAGAGCCAGCGGUAGCAACAACAGCACCGGAAGAUUCUGUCGCAAAGAGAGCUCUUGGCCUCGACCGACCCGGUGCUCCACGCCUUGGAUCACCGUUUACCUAUCAUACCUGGGGUCCGGACAACAGCUCUUCGAAACGGAAAGUCCAUCGCCAUAACCCGAUGGGUCGACGAGAGACGAUCCAUGUGACGACAGGCUUCCGGUUGCGAUCGCCGCCACGUAUGGAUCUGUUCUCGAAUAUAACUAACGCCCCGCAAGCCCAGGACCCGUCGCAGGUGAACGAACCCAACGCGUACUCCCAUCUGGAAGAGUUCGCACGCCAGGGCAAAUUGAACGAUCUUGGGAACCGUCGCGUGCGGAUUCGCAACCGUGGUGCGACCACCAGCUCUGUGAACCCGAGGGCUAUCCAUCAGCUUUUCUCCCCGCCGUCUUCAUCGUCAAGAGAUGAGACUAUGCCACGGGAAAGACCUGUGUCAGGUCAUCGACGCAACCUCAGCGGUGACAGUAUCAAACGACUGGGAUCGCCCUUUAAAUUGGAGGGAAUACGCCAUCGCCAUUCCUCGUCGGGCAGAUUCCUUCGACACACGCCAUCUUCAUCGGAGCCUUUUGGCCCUGCUCAGGUGCCGCAAUUGAAGCCUUCUCUGUCUGAGGGCGUGCUCCCGUAUAAUACCACGGAGCCGGGUCUUUCUGAUGCAGAACGGAUCCGACGGGAGAUACUAAAUAUGCAGCAUUCGCGAAAAUGA